AUGGCCGAAACGACUAUUGUUCUUUAUCUCUUCAAGCGUCUACACCAGCUUGGUAUUCGAUCUGUCCACGGUGUUCCCGGUGAUUACAACCUUGUAGCAUUAGAUAAUCUUGGUGACGCUGGGCUCAAUUGGGUCGGAAAUUGCAAUGAGCUUAAUGCUGGUUACGCUGCGGAUGGCUACGCUAGAAUCAAAGGAAUCUCUGCUUUAAUCACUACAUUCGGUGUCGGUGAACUGUCUGCUCUUGCUGCUGUCGCCGGUUCUUACAGCGAACGUGUCCCCGUGGUUCACGUUGUCGGCACUCCUUCAACUAUCUCGCAAAAACAGGGCGUACUUCUUCACCACACACUCGGAAAUGGCGAUUUCUCCGUCUUCGCUAACAUGUCGAGGAACAUCUCGUCGCAACUGGUCAAUCUCAAUGACCCGACUACUGCUGCGAAGGAUAUUGAUCGCGCUCUGAGAGAAUGCUACGUCUCGGCCCAACCAAUAUACAUCGCCCUCCCAACCGACAUGGUCCUCCGAAAAAUCCCUGCCGAGGGACUCAAGACCCCGAUUAACCUGGAAUUACCCGAGAAUGAUCCUGAGAUCGAACGUGAUGUUAUUGAAAAUAUCACCAAGAUGGUAUAUGCGGCUAACAACGCUAUUAUCUUGGUGGAUGCCUGUGCCAUUCGACACCGCGUUGUCGACGAGGUUCAUGACUUGAUCGAUAAGUCUCAGUUGCCUGCGUUCGCUACGCCAAUGUCGAAAGGUGCUAUCGAUGAGACCAACCCACGAUUUGGGGGGGUUUAUGUCGGAUCGGUUUCUCGACCGGAUGUCAAAGGGGCUGUUGAAUGCGCAGAUCUUAUCAUAUCAAUUGGUGCAUUGAAGAGUGACUUCAACAGUGGUGGCUUCACGUAUCGUACUAGCACGAAGAAUACGAUCGAGCUCCACUCUGAUCACACAAAGAUUGGAUAUGCCACCUACCCCGGCAUCACAAUGAAAUCCGUCCUCCAGAAACUCCUGAAUUCUUUGGAUUUCCAUAAAAUCCGACACACGGAUAGCGCUAAAUCUGCCCCACCUGUGCUCAAAAACGAGGAGGCUGAGAAAUCAGAUAGCCAGGAGAUCACCCAUUCUUGGUUUUGGCCACACAUUGGGAACUGGUUGCAAGAAAAUGAUGUGGUUAUUACAGAGACUGGCACGGCCAACUUUGGCAUCAUCGAGACCCGCUUUCCUAAAGGAGUCACAGCCAUCUCUCAAGUCCUUUGGGGUUCAAUUGGCUAUUCCGUAGGCGCUUGCCAAGGUGCUGCAUUGGCGAUCAAAGAAUCCGAUCCUUCUCGUAGAGUCAUUCUCUUCGUCGGCGAUGGUUCUUUCCAGCUGACAGGUAAUGAAGUCUCUACUAUGAUCCGCCACGGACUCAAGCCGAUUCUUGUGAUCAUCAACAACGAGGGUUACACUAUUGAGCGAAUGAUCCAUGGAGAGGAUGCCGGAUAUAACGACAUUCAGCCAUGGAAGCACACUAAACUUUUAGAGACCUUCGGGGCGAAAGAGGGGGAAUAUUUGAACCAUGUGGUCAAGACAAGGAAAGACGUUGAUAACUUGUUCAAGAAAGGGAACGAGUUUUCAAAGGCUGACAAGAUUCAGGUAUGUACUCGCAACGCUAAAAGUUUCGCGAAUCGAAUAUCCCCAGUUUCCCUUCGAAGUUCCGAGGUUUGCUCACAUCACAUCUUCUAUCUAGUUGGUUGA